AGAGAGAGGGGGAGGGAGAUAGAUGGCAACUCCAUCGAUAGUUUCAUUCGGGGAGAUGUUAAUCGAUUUCGUGCCAAACGAGGCCGGUGUCUCUCUGGCUGAGUCGAAAGGUUUCCUUAAAGCCCCAGGUGGAGCCCCUGCCAAUGUUGCCUGCGCCAUUACCAAGCUUGGUGGUUCCUCUGCUUUCGUUGGCAAGGUUGGAGGCGACGAAUUCGGUCGGAUGCUGGUGGAUAUCAUAAAGAAAAAUGGGGUAAACGUAGAUGGAGUGUGCUACGACAAGGACGCGAGGACAGCACUGGCAUUCGUAACGCUGAGGGCGGAUGGAGAGAGGGAGUUCAUGUUCUACCGCAACCCAAGUGCGGACAUGCUUCUCAAGGAAUCGGAGCUCAACAUGGGGUUGAUCAAGCAGGCCAAGAUCUUCCACUAUGGUUCCAUCAGCUUGAUCUCUGACCCUACUCGCUCCGCCCACUUGGCCGCCAUGAAAGCCGCUAAGGAAGCUGGUGUCUUGCUUUCCUACGAUCCUAAUCUCCGCCUCCCACUCUGGCCCUCUCCUGAGGCUGCCCGGAAUGGGAUCAAGAGCAUCUGGAACAAGGCUGAUAUCAUCAAGGUCAGCGACGAAGAGCUGCAAUUCAUAGCAGAGGGUGACCCUAUGAGUGAGGAAGUCGUGAAGUCAGUCUGGUACGAAGGGUGUAAGCUCCUCGUUAUCACCUGCGGCGAAAAGGGCUGCAAAUACUACACUAAGUCAUUCAAAGGGAAUGUGAAUGGGUAUGCAGUGAAGGCCGUGGACACAACAGGAGCUGGUGAUGCUUUUAUUGGUGCAUUACUCUACUCAAUCGCUAAAGAUCCUUCAAUCUUAGAGAAUGAAGAGAAGCUGAAAGAGGCCCUUCAAAUAUCAAAUGCUUGCGGAGCUAUCGUUACGACCCAGAAAGGAGCAAUUCCUGCACUUCCAGACAUGUCUACCGCCCUUGCACUCAUCUCCAAGUCUUAG